AAUGGCUACUGCUUCGAAUUCUAGUGAUACCAUCUCGUACGUUUUUCUCACGGUAAGCGUGAACGGUUUCGAGAGCGCUAAGGUAACUGAAAUCAGUAUGUUGAGUGUUUUCAGUGAAGAGUUAAACAGAAAGAAUGAAAAUGCUGGGCCGAGUUGGUUUCCGAGAAUUCUAGAUAAAAUGACAAUCUGCAUCGACCCGAAAGCAAAGUUAGAUUACGAAGUUGGCAAAACUUACAAAGUUACGUCGCAAAAUUUUCAGCUUGCGAAGCGAAAAGAAUUUGACUUAAACGUUUUAAAACUUCUUCGGUUAUUUCUGGCUCGCCAGUCUGGUAAACUCUGCCUCGUAUUCCACGGUCGCUACGGUUUUACCGCUUUGCAAUCCGAGUUGGGGCGCAUUGGGAAAGCAUUGGAUAAAGUGGAUGACCGGAACGUCUGGUUUGUGAACUCUGAAGAAGUUUUUAAGAAAAUCGAACCGAAAAAAGCAUCUGAUCUAAGAAGAAUUUGCGACGAGCACCUCAGCGAAGGAAUGGCUGAUCCUUCGACCACGGAAGAACAAAAUAUAUGUUUGGUCAAAGUUGUCUUGAAGAAUCUGGACAAGUUUCUUAACAACCUAAAUUGUGAGCUCGUGUCUUCACCCAAACAGAAAGAAGUCCUUACUGAAUCUGAACCUGAAACUUUAACGUAUAGUGACCGAAGUUCUCUUUCUGGAAAGUUUGAAAACCCGCACCAGACGCACGUCUAUCUUGAUUUAGAAGCUACAGGGCUAACCCAAAGCAAGAUCACUGAAAUAUGCAUAGUGGCUGUUAACGUGGAUUCUCUACAAGCUUCAACAACAGGCUCUGUGCCCAGAAUCAUCGACAAAUUGGUUCUUAUCGUUGACCCUGUCAAAACCAUCGAGGACCACGCCUCAUCAAUAACGAAACUGAACAACCAGAUCAUUGAAGAAAGCCUCAAACCGAAGUUCAACGCCCAAACGUCUGAGAUUAUAGCAGUAUUUCUAGAAAGGCAAUCCUCCCCUAUAUGCAUGAUCGCACACAAUGGGUCAGGCUUCGACUUCCCUUUGUUAAAAAAGCAUAUUCGUGCUUCUAAUGCAAACGAAUCAAUCUUCUCCCAUAUUAGAUGCUCUGACUCCCUUCUUGGGAUGAGGGAACUACGUGGUCGUGCUCGUCGAUCAUGCAAACUUGAAGAUGUCUUUCAACGUUCGUUCCCACGGUCCCUGUCAAUCAACCAACAUCAAGCAGAAGACGACGCCAUCAAACUUAUGAAGAUCGUUCGUUUGAAUUCCCGAUUACGUUCUUGGAUAAAUAAUAACUACGAUGAGUUCAAAAGCAUAUACGUUUACUAACGGAGAAAUGUUAAACCCAGCAUUGUAGGAUGAACCACUUACUAUAACCUGUAUAUAAAAUAUUUCAUACUAUGGGGUAAGAUGGGAUACUGUUAUAACAGAUUUUAGACGUAUUUUCUACGGAAAAACGUAAAUUUUACAGUUACUUUUACAGUUUUUUUUUACUGCGAAAAUAGACGUAAUUUGUUAACGUGCCACACGUAAAAAGUGCUGCCAGUGACUUUCACAGUAAAAAUUUCUAACAGUGUAGCACUUAAAACCCCAGGCUCUUUUAGAGUCGCGGGCCACGGUUGUAUAAUUCUGUAAAUAUCCUUUGUUUACUACCAUGUGAGACGAGAAAAUGGAAUAAAAACAUGAACCAUCUUGCCCCAGCCCACGGUAUAUAUUUGCCAAUGCAACAUAAAUUGAAAUGGCUCGUAUGUAUAUUAUCGCUUGCUUAUUCUAUUACACAUGAUAUAAAGAGAAACAUUGCAGCAAUUACUGUGUAUUCUGCAAACUCACCAUAUUGCAACGUGCAGUUAGUAUAACUUCCUAUGGCAUGAAAAACAUCACGAAGUCAUGAACAGACUUAGUGAAUGUCAAGCAGAAGCAAACCUUUAACCCUUAAUCUGACUACAGCUUGCCUGCUGCGUUGCCAUGCCCAGUUUAUGAGUUUAUUGUUUUAACGGUCGGUGAUUUCAAACACGCUGUACAAUGAAAUAAAAAAACGUUUUGCAUUGAGUUCCGAGAAUCAAACGUGUAUUCACAACACGUAUAGCCUAUUACUGUCUGUCUUUGAUCAGCGCAGUUAGCAUCUAUUUACACGCUUAGAGAGAUAGGAUAGAUUACAGCGUUUAAAUAAAGUUUCUAUAAUGACAGAGGGCGAACAGCAUGCAGAAUCUUCGAGUCGUGAAGUUACAACAUUACAUGCAGAUCGUAUAAAGUUGUACAGCGAUGCUUUAUGGGCUAGCAUUGCUACGUUAAUGGUCGCACCAAUACUUAACUCCAAGUACAUGCACACUCUCAUACACACCCACGAUGAAAAGAAAAAGGAAGAAAUAAUGCUCACGUUUCAAACACAAACGAAAAUAUAUUUCCUGACGUUUCUAAUAACGUGCAAUACAUGGGCAAAACAUGUCUGGUCAUUUCAACUGCUUCAAUAUGUGACUGACUUGAGCGUUUUCAUAAAUAUGAACAUUCUUCUCUUUGCGAGCAUCCUCCCCUACUCUUAUUUAAUUUUAUCCAUUUUCCACCGAGGCACCUCCAUGCCAAUUAUAAUAUACUGCAUCCUACAACUUAUCAUAAGCAUUUUCCAGAUUGGGAUUGUCAUUCAUUCCUUCAGAUAUCCACAAUUACUUCAACGCAACCUGCGUGAUAAACCAGAUCAAGAAAAGAAAAAUAUUCGAAAUCGUGUGCUGGGAAAGUUAAUGUUUGGACCCAUUAUAUUAGUGAUAGCGAUCAUAGUGACCUACUUUUCAAUAGAUGCGGCUUUGGUGUGUCUUGCAUUUAUAAUGGCAAGUGAAUGGUUGCAAGCGUUAUUGAGAAGGCUCUUCCUGCUUGUACCUGGUUUACAGAACUCGACAUUUGUUCAGAAAUUAUCAAGAACUGAUGUCAUGUUUGUUGAAAGAAUAACCAUGCAUAGAUUGGAAGCUUUCAGUGAUGGCGUAACAGCAAUCGCAUUCACUCUGAUUAUACUUGAUAUAAUGCAAGAACAGCAGCUUACGAAAACGAUGGUGAAAGAUAAGUUUCACAACGACUUGUUUCUUGCUCUUGCUUCAAAAUGGCCGUUUUUAGUUUCUUACGUUGCUGCGUUUAUUUUUAUCUCUAUGUUCUGGUACACACACAUGACGCUAUUCAAGCAAUUCAAAGAAUGCUCAAGGCUGAAUCAACUUAUCAAUAAUCUGCAUUUGUCUUUUGUUGGAAGUUUCCCUCUGUGUUUUAAACUUGGAACAGCAUUUAAAGAAUCAAACUUAAUGAAACUAGGAGUCCAGCUUGGCAGUGGAGCAGUGUUUUUAGGAUCUUCAUUACUGCUUCUUAUUUACGGGCUAACUUUGGUUCGAAUUAAAUUUGAAGAUGACCCUACCAUAACUUGGAUGAAUAAAGACGUUUGUUUUGGUGGGAAAUAUAUGAAGAUAUUAACAGCACAGCUUAGUAUUUUACCAAUCACUGGGUGCGUCUCAUUCAUUAUUUCAUUCUUUACAAGCGCGUUGACUGCUGGUAUAUGUUUUGCUUCUAUGGCAGUAGUUUCAUUACUGGCGAUGAUGGCGGUCAACAUUACGAAUUACUUCCUAUACGAACACAAUAUUCAAGAGACAACUGAUCAUACUGAGAACAGACCACUGUUGCCUGCUGAAUGAUAUGUCUUGUACUUUGCUUCUUAUACACAGAAAUCAACUCAGUC